UUUUCGAUCUCAUCAAUUUCCCAUUCUUUCCCCAGGAAUCCCCCACCCCCACCCCCCACAUUUCUUAAAAGUGCCCAGGUUCUUCCCAACUAGGGCUCUCCCUCCUCCUUUUUCCCUCUGUUCCUGGUCCCCUAGUCUCAGCUUCUACCUCAGCUUCUACUUCUUUUAGGAAGUCCCAUCGCUUUCCUUCCAACCCAAAGGGGCCAAGUCAGGGGUGGGGGGCGGCAGGUGGAUCUAGGGAAAGGCCAGGCAGCACCAGGGUAGGUAGAUAGGACUGGAGGGGACCGGGCGCGCGGGGCCCGCACCCGGGGUGGGGAGAGCAGGUCCUGCCCUCCCGGGCGGGCGCGCUCGGCCGGCCCCAGGGGCGGUCCCAGGCCUCCCGCUCGCUGCCGCUCCUCGUGCCUGCUCCUCGUGCCUGCUCCUGCUGCUCAGUGGCUGGAGCCCAGGUGCCGGCGGGCAGGAGGCGCCCGAGGAUGUGCUGCUGGCCGCUGCUCUUGUUGUGGGGGCUGCUCCCCUGGACGGUGGCGGGUGGCUCGGGCCGGUACUACCCGCACCACACAGUCCUGGACUCGGAGGGCAAGUACUGGCUGGGCUGGGGCCAGCAGGGCAGCCGGCUCGCCUUCCGCCUCGAGGUGCGCACCACCGGCUACGUGGGCUUCGGCUUCUCGCCCACCGGGACCAUGGCGGCUGCUGACAUCGUCGUGGGCGGUGUGACCCACGGGCGACCCUACCUCCAGGAUUAUUUUACAAAUGCAAAUAAAGAGUUGAAAAAAGAUACUCAGCAAGAUUACCACCUAGAGUAUGCCAUGGAAAACAGCACACACACAAUAAUUGAAUUUACCAGAGAACUGCAUACUUGUGACCUAAAUGACAAGAGCCUAACGGAGAGCACAGUGAGAGUGAUCUGGGCCUACCACCAGGAAGAUGUGGGAGAAGCUGGUCCCAAGUACCAUGACUCCAAUCGAGGCACCAAGAGUCUUCGAUUAUUGAAUCCUGAGACAAACAGCGUGUUGCCUACAACCUUACCAUACUUUGACCUAGUAAAUCAGGACGUCCCCAUCCCAAACAAAGGUACAACAUAUUGGUGCCAAAUGUUUAAGAUUCCUGUGUUCCAGGAAAAGCAUCAUGUGAUUAAGGUGGAGCCCGUGAUCCAGAGGGGCCACGAGAACCUGGUCCACCACAUCCUGCUCUAUCAGUGCAGCAGCAGCUUCAAUGACAGCGUCCUGGACUAUGGCCAUGAGUGCUACCACCCCAACAUGCCUGACGCCUUCCUCACCUGCGAGACUGUGAUUUUUGCCUGGGCCAUUGGAGGAGAGGGUUUUUCCUAUCCACCUCAUGUUGGAUUAUCCCUUGGCACGCCAUUAGAUCCUCAUUAUGUGCUUCUAGAAGUCCAUUAUGAUAAUCCGACACAUAAGAAAGGCUUAAUAGACAGUUCUGGACUGAGGUUAUUUCAUACAAUUGAUAUAAGAAAAUAUGAUGCUGGGGUGAUCGAGGCUGGCCUCUGGGUGAGCCUAUUCCAUACCAUCCCUCCAGGGAUGCCUGAGUUCCGGUCUGAGGGUCACUGUACUAUGGAAUGCCUACAGGAGGCUCUGGAGGCUGAAAAGCCAAGUGGAAUCCACGUGUUUGCUGUUCUUCUCCAUGCUCACCUGGCUGGCAGAGGCAUCAGGCUGCGUCAUUUCCGCAAAGGGGAGGAAAUGAAAUUACUUGCUUAUGAUGAUGAUUUUGACUUCAAUUUCCAGGAGUUUCAGUAUCUAAAGGAAGAACAAACAAUCUUACCAGGAGAUAACCUAAUUACAGAGUGUCGCUACAACACAAAGGAUAGAGUCGGGAUGACUUGGGGAGGUCUGACCACCAGGAAUGAAAUGUGUCUCUCCUACCUUCUUUAUUAUCCAAGAGUUAAUCUUACUCGAUGUGCAAGUAUUCCAGACAUCAUGGAACAACUUCAAUUCAUCGGUGUUAAGGAGAUCUACAGACCAGUCACGACAUGGCCUUUCAUUAUCAAAAGCCCCAAGCAGUAUAAAAACCUUUCUUUCAUGGAUGCCAUGAAUAAGUUUAAAUGGACUAAGAAGGAAGGCCUCUCCUUCAACAAGCUUGUCCUGGGCCUGCCAGUGAACGUGAGAUGUUCCAAGACAGACAAUGCAGAGUGGUCGAUUCAAGGAAUGACAGCCUUACCUCCGGAUAUAGUAAGGCCGUACAAAGCAGAACCUCUGGUGUGUGGAAGGUCUUCCGCCUCUUUUCUGCACAGAAAUUUCUCUCUCAAGUUGCUCCUGUGUUUUAUGUUACUCGGCAGCACGCUGGGCACCAAGUGCUUGUGAUCACGACUUGAAAAUACUUGGUGACCGAGUGACCAGAAAAUAUUCUGUGAUCCGAAGCUGUCAUUUAACGUAAGGUUGAAGACUGUGUCCACUUAGCUGGGCACAAAAAUCAUGGAGACUUGGGUUUCAUAUACUCCCUUCAUCCCCUUCCCUCUCCUUCCCAAUCUACCUGAAGAUGUCAAUGGGGUUCUUUGCUUUUCCUCAGAAGUGUCUAAUGUUCUGUACAGAUGGCCAAUAAAAUAAAACUCACCUGACUGAACAUAACCACUUAAAAAGAUUGGAAAGUCACAAAAGAAGAGAGUUUUUAAAUUCCUUCCAUAUCCAUUUUAUUUAAAUGUUCAUUGUUUCACUUGACAUCCAUAUUUCUUUAAAAAAAAAUGCUUUCAUCGUAAUAGUAUAAAAAGAAAUAUAUUCCAUUGUCGUCUUCUCUGUUGCUCUUUGGGUAUAAACUUCCAGGUGUAAUGACAGGCCACAUCUGUUUUUAACAUGGCCCAGUGCUGGUCUUCUCCUGGAGCCACCCAUGGGUUCCUUAUGCAAUGCCUUUUGAUGAUGCCUGCUCUGGUCUCCCCACUUAUCUGAAUCUGUUGGUACCUCCAAACCACCCCACAUCCAUCUCAAAGUACUUUUGCCCCUUCUCUGCUGAGAAGUGGCCAGUUAAGGGUUUCUUUAAGCUCUGUCACUUAAAAAGAAAGAUGUUAUGAGAAAUAUAGAAAUGGUAGUAGGUGACCGAGUCUGAGGAAUGUAGCUGUCCAUGAUUCCCAGGUGCCCCAAGGGGUCCUUCAUGAGAUUCCAGAUCAAAGCAGACAGUGCAAUCUCAACCAGGAGGUGUAAGGGCUGCCCGGCUCCUCACCAGAGGCACUGGGAGCCCAACACAUGCUGCGCAUUGGCUCAGUGUGAGUCAUGGUUCCUUUUGCCGAUUUAGUUUUAUUGUAGUCGACAAACUAACUAAUCGACACCAAUUGAAAAUCUUGUCAUUCUCUUGGUUCUCUUUGUAUAGUUCUGCCAUAUCUGGUUUUAUGUCCCAUUCUUAUUUCUUAAGAAAUAAGCUAAAUAGGAUCUUAUUAAUAAAUUAAAAUAAAUUAAAUUUUUGUGUAGUUCUCAUGCACUCCUUGAGAGAAGCAUGCUGAUGAUGUUCAGUUAAUUCAAUGAAGAAUGUUGCAUUUUUCUAUUCUACUCUUAAGCCCUUUCUGACACACAUAAAAUGUUGACAUAAACAGUAUUGUCUUUUCGAUAAAUAUGUUUUGGAGUGUUUCCUUCUUGAUUUUUAAACUUGGUCCAUUUGAUGAAAUGUUUGAAAUAUGUUUAUGAGAUGUAUUUUAUAGUUUACUUUUUUGUUGUGUAAAACUGUAUCACCUGGAUUUUCCAUCCAAAUAUUUGUAUGUGAAGUAUGACCAUCCCAGAGGCCCUGUAUUUAGAUUUCAUGUUUUUUUUAUUUUAGAAUUUCUGAACGUGUGGUGCCAAAGUCAAAGGAUUUCCAUUGGGAAUUAAGUAAUGUUGUUUGUUUUCAUUGUGCUUGGUAAAGAAGGUGAAUACACUAACUGGAAAAGAGUAAAGAGCUUUGGAAAUUUACAUUUGUGGAGCCAGCCAAAGUCUGUAUUCCACUGAUGUUACUAAGAAGAAAGGUGGCAUUCUUUUUCUCCUGGGGAUGCUCAUGUGUAUCUGUGGUUUUGAGAAACUGACUCUUGGUUCGAAAUGAGGAUAGGUCAUCUGUUGGGAUUCUGUGGAGUCCCCAUUACGUGCUAAGCUAUAGGCUCUUGCACUGAACAGCCCUUCCUGACCACCUCAGGCUUCUUAUAGAGCCUUUUCCAUAGACUUUAUGUUGCUGCCUUGCAUUCAGUCAGAAUGCCUGCUUCCUGAGGUCAUCAGUCAGGAGUGCCUAAAUCCUGAGGGAGAAUGGAAUCUCCACGUAUCCCGGUGCCUGGUUUGAUCCUGAGAGGAAAACACAUUGGAAGUCAACAUUCAUUAAGAUUCAGGGAACCUUGGGUGAUCACUUUUCUAAAGGUGACUGAAGCAGUUUCAAAGGAGGCCUAGCAGUGACAAGAAUAACGAACGAACAUCAACAGAGGUGGACAUAUUAAGGGCUUUGACCUUUAUCCUAAUGGAGAUUGGAAGCAGUGUGUAAUUUCACUGGACAGUUUACUCUAACAAACUCUUAUUGGACAUGAAGACCUUUUCUAGUUUUUCAAUAUCCUAAGUAUUGCUAACAUUCUUAUAAUAAAAACGUUUUGGUAUCUCCAA